AUUAGCGGCGUGAGGACGAAGGCGUCCGAGUUGAACCGAGCGGCGCCUGGCGGUGGUGGGAAGAGGCGCCGAGCUUGAUAUAGCCGGCGAGGCGGCGGAUGCUGUCAGACCGCUUGGCGGCUCGACGCUUGGCUAUAGCCGACGCGGACCGAGUGGUUGCUGGAGCCGGCAGAGUGUGCUGCACGCCAUGGAAGUUCUACCGUGUCCCGUUUACGUGGAUUUCUCCAGUCUUGGAGGUUGUGGGCAGGCGGUGGGGCCUGAUGAGGCGGAGAGCGCGGAGGCGAGGGACGCAUUGUCGCGGCGUCUGGAGGCGGAGCUGCGGGCGGCGCGCGGGGGCGGCACUGGGGGCGGCAUCGCGCUGCCCCCGGCGCUGCUGCUCACCGCCGCCGAACACGUCCUGCAGAUGGCCACCACAGAGCCCUACGGUCUUAGGGGUUGCACGCUGUACGUGGACCUGGAGACGGGUAAGCAGCCGGCAGAGAGGAUACGACUCGCGACCGUGAAAUGUGCGCCGGACACGCUCACCACCUUCGAACUCUUCCUUACUCUGCGCCAGGAAACCUCCUGGAAGGCUGCCUUACCGCAGUUCCUCAAGAACCUGACGAGCAGCGGCGCCCUCCUGCUGAGCAACGACUUCACGCUGAAGAAGAAGCGCCUCUUCCGGACGUACGCCGAGUGAGUCACCGUGCCCUACCUGGACCUCCGCAGGGGGCAUCGGCCGGCAAGAACCGUGUCGGGGACGCGGCUAACGCAAGUUCCUUGGCUGGGUGCGCAGCCUCUCAAACCCGCAGAGAUUUUUUUUUCGUACCUGAUACACUGCAUCGGCGCACCUUUUGAUAUGUGUAUUUACCUGUGACAGUAUAGGUUGCUGUCUUUGUUGUCGCACAGUGUAAAUGAGAAUACAGUGAAGGUAACAUUACUACCUUCGAAGUAUAAUAAAUCUGAAAAUUACUUUCGAUAAACGUAUUAACAUGAGAACAUAUUUAUGAAAUAAUGUGUGUACUGAGGGCCAAAAGUCACGGGAAGGUACUGGAUGUGAUGUCGAUAGCUGAAGCUCAUCUUCUGCACCAGUCUCUCCGUACAGUGCUGGUAAUAAUGGCUUCCUGACUCCCCACAUUCAAAUAGGUGACCAUGUGACGCACAGUAGAUCGACAGUGAUGUAUGUUCAUCAAACGCUUGCUGUCGCCGGGUGCAGUAGUUUACUCAUGUAAGAACACUGUCUCUUCCAUGGUUCAAAUGGCUCUAAACACUAUGGGGCUUGACACUGAGGUCAUCAGUCCCCUAGACUUAAAACUACUUAAACCUAACUUACCUGAGGACAUCACACACAUCCGUGCCCGAGGCAGGAUUCAAACCUGCGACCGUAGCAGCAGCGCGGUUCCGGACUGAAGCGCCUAGAACCACUCGGCCACAGCGGCCGGCGUCUCUUGCAUGUUGAAGUUCUAUCCUAGACAUUGUAAACCUCGGAAAGCCGUAUUCUUGAUUACUAUCAGACAUAGCAUGAAGCGUACGUCUUGCACCGGGUGUCGUACCACGUUCGAAGUCGGUUAACUAGCGACGCGCUGUCAUAUUCACCACAAAUCUGUGUGUAACAGACUUCUUAGUUAUCGUGUCUACACUCAGGCCAUAAGCUGCAUCUAGCUGCUGCAUUUGGACUUGACUUUUGGCCACUCAGUUUAGUGCGUAACUAGCUUAUGCUCAGUGAAACGAAAAUUUUAAAUAUCGUUAUCUCUCCUCUGUUCAAUCAUUAUCAUUAUUCUCAUGUCAUAAUGUUGUGUGAGACGUAUCAAGAGACGCAUCAUUGUUUUGAAAGAGAGUGUGUGUCUGGAACCUGAUUGUGUGUUUGUAUGUUUCAUGUGUUGUAAGGAUAAAGACUGAUGUAAUACGAAAUAUUUAUACUCAUUUUCCACUGUAAUGGUCGAUUUUAAGGACAGUUCACCUUUUAUUUUGUUUUACGUACUGUGGAUGAAGUUUUUGCUCAAUAAUUGUUUGAUGUUAUUUAGUGCCAAAGAGUAAUGUAAUGACAGAAAUAAAAAGAAAAUGAUUCCA